CUUCGUCUGAUUUUUAAAUUUUUCUUUUUAUUUCAAACCUAUGAUUAUUUGAAACACGCAUGAUUCUGCAUCUAAAUUUCUAAUUUUCCCGUCACCACUCAAAUUCUCAGGCAUCAAUUCCACAAAUUCAUCCGAUUUCAUCCCGAUCUAUUCUCGAAUCCCUAAACUCACCUACAAUUGACACAAAUCUCAGAGGAAACAGCUUACGGAGCGACUGGAGCUGCGGCACAUGCUGUAGAUUCAGAAAUUUCAAGGUGACAACUUCGACUGACGAGAAACAUGAAAUGCUUCAAGUGGUUAUUUGUAUGCUCUCUGAUCGGGCUACUCAGUAAUCCAUCAUACAGUUAUGGAAAUGUUGUGAAUGACGAUAAAGUUUUGCGCGUUGGUGAGGAGCUUUUCAAGGAAGUAUUGCCGCUUCAAAAUGGGGCUCGCUUCUACCACUUGCAUGGAUUAAAACCUCAGAUGUGGUAUGAAGUGAAGAUAUCAUAUCCUUCUUCUAUACCAGCCAGUUUUUCUUUGCAACUAAAAAGAGGUGCUCCAGAUUUGGGUCUGAAUCAAGGAAGAAAAUUGCUCAACACUGAAAAGAUAAUUUUCAAGACAGAUGGAAUCACCUCAUUGAUUGAACAGGGCGAAAUGUCUGUUCUCGUGAACGUCGAACCUGAAGGGGUUGUCGCGAUACCAGGGAAGCAGGAAACAGAAUAUAUCAUUUUUAAUAUAGCUUGCUUUGAUUGUCUUGACCGAUCUCCAUCUUUGCUUCAGUUUGUGACGAACUGUUUAUGGGCAUUCCCCACGAGGCUUGGUACGUUGUAGUUUUCGUAUUGCUUGGUUUGGUGCUGGCUUUUGUGGUUCCUUCCUAUCUGCCUGUGUUCUUGCUGCCAAAAAACGGUAGACAGCCAUUGUUCGUUCAUGCUGUUACCAAGGCUUCAUGAAGCCAUCUCUUUGCUGCAUCUUGCAAUUAUAUGUUCUCAAGAUAUUUGAUUUAGAUGGAUUAUUUGGCUUCACAUUAGUUUGACAUUAUAUCAUUUUUGAAUUAUAAAUAAUGGUCCUUCAUGAAUGCAUUUGACUGUCUAUAGUUA